CACUCCCGUCCAGCCAUCCCCACACACACACUGGCCCUGGUGCAGGCAGACGAAGAUCAGCUCUCAGUCAUUGUCUGCCUGCCUGACUUCUCUGCUCAGGCUGGAUCUGAUUCCUGACGCAGCGGCCAUCCAUCGCCCGGAGCAGGAAGAAGAGGCCAUCACAGCUCUGAUUCCAUUUUACGCUCGAGUCACCCAGUCGCACACAAAAACAGUAACCCACCUACGCUUCACCACCCAGAGAGGGGAAAAUAAGGGGUAAAGAAGUGAUGGCUAUGGCCGACAUCGGAGAGGAUCAAGAUUAUCUCAAUGAAGUGACGCGCGAGGAGAUGGAGGACAUCUUCAUCUACGAUGGAGUGUCACCCCUCGUCCCAGAGAUCAUGGCGUCCGGAACCCACUCCCCCGGGGGACCCAAUGGGAUCAUCCGGAGCCAGUCCUUUGCCGGCUUCAGCACGCUACAGGAGAGACGCUCGCGGUGUAACUCGUUCAUGGGGAACUCUGCAGUGCAGAAGAAGCCCACGUCCAAACCCAAGAAGCCCCAUCUGUCAGGUCACAAGGGCAGCAGCGGCUCCAGAGAGCCCCAGCCCAAGAGGGUGGAGGAGGUGUAUGGGGCCCUCAAACAAGGCUUGGAUGAGUAUCUGGAGGUGCACCAGACAGGGCUGGACAAACUCACCUCUUUGAUGAAGGACAUGAAGAGGAACUCCAGACUGGGAGUCCUGUAUGACCUUGACAAGCAAAUCAAAACCAUCGAGAGGUACAUGAGGCGGUUGGAGUUUCAUAUGAGCAAGGUGGAUGAGCUGUAUGAGGCGUUCUGUAUCCAGCACAGGCUGAGGGAGGGAGCCAGUAAGAUGAAGCAGGCCUUCUCUGCCUCUCCCUCCACCAAGGCCACCAGAGAGAGCAUGUCAGAGGUCAACCGCAGAUACAAGGAGUACACAGAGGAUAUGAGCACGUUAGAGGGGGAGCUGGAGAACAUGUUGGGGGAGUUCCAUAUCAAAAUGAAAGGUCUUGCUGGCUUUGCUCGUCUCUGUCCAGGAGACCAGUAUGAGAUCUUUAUGCGGUAUGGGCGUCAGCGCUGGAAGCUGAAGGGGAAGAUAGAGGUGAACUCCAGACAGAGUUGGGACGGAGAGGAGAUGGUUUUCAUGCCCCUCAUCACAGACCUCAUCAACAUCAAGGUGACGGAGCUGAAGGGCCUGGCCACUCACAUCCUGGUGGGUAGUGUGAUCUGUGAGACCAAGGAUCUGUUCACCGCCAUGCCUCAGGUGGUGGCUGUAGACGUCAACGACCUGGGAACCAUCAAACUCAACCUGGAGGUCACAUGGUUUCCAUUCGAUGUGGAAGACCUGACCCUGUCUUCAGGGAACGUGAGCAAGGCCACCGCCCUCCAGAGACGGGUGUCUGUGUACAGCCAGGGCACGCCUGAGACACCCACCUUCCAGGACCAGUCCUUCUUUAAGUGGCACCCCCGUCCCUCCCCGACCCAGCAUCGCCUGUCCUUCCUCCACGGCCUGAGGAACUCCCUGUUAGAGAAGCUGAGACGCAGUCGCUCCUUUGGCGACCUGGCCUCCCUCCGCCCCAGGCCCAAGUCCAGCCUGGAGGUGUAUUCCACCCUCCCUGACGACGUCUUUGAGAACGGUGGGUGUGGCAAUGCCGAGUGCAAGCGACUCUCCUUCACCUUCUCCGAUACUUCAGUCUCCUCCCCCAGCCUCGCCCCCGGCCAAUCCAACCCUGAAAUCACCGUCACGCCCCCUGAGACCUACCCCCAGUCCCAAAUCCCCAACAUUGAAGUCACCAAGGAAGAGACUGUUCGAAUACAUGCAGACGUAGUGGAAGAGGCAGAGGAGGGUGAGGAGGAAGAGGAGAGUAGCGGUAGCAGCGGCAGCGUGAGUGCCAGCCUGGUCAGCGAGGAGGCAGAGUCAGAGUGGGAGAGGGCGGAGUCCCAGUGUAACGGAGGCUCCGUCUCUCUCUGCUCGCAGCGGCAGUUGUCUGCGGUCGCUCCUGGGGGUGUGUUUCUGGACCACACUGCGCCGGACAGGGAUGAAGAUGAGGAUGACAGCUCAGAGCUGCUGAAGCCCGUAGAACUUGACACUGAAGAACCAGGCAGCUUGACCAGGCAGCUGGUGAGGAGGCUGACAUCGUCUGACAUUCUGCCCGAGGCGGGGGUUCUGAGCUGGGCUGGGGAGGGGAGCAGGGCCUUCCUGGAGAGCAGCCUGGAGGAGACCCUGCAGAGUCUGCUACUGAGGCUAGAGUCACUGGGACAACGCUGUAGAGAGCUGCAGGACCUGGAACAGGAGGUGAUGCGCCUGGAGGACCUGCUCAAGUGCCGCCUCCCGGGCCACAGGAGCAGGUCGUCCAGCCUCAGCCUGAUGGUUGAGAGCGCCCUGGAGAGCUUUGACUUCCUCAACACCUCCGACUUCGACGACGAUGACACGGGUGAUGACCAAGCCCUCCACCGCACCGUGUUCUUUGACAUGGAGGCGGAGAGCAUCGGGCCUGGGAGCCCGCACCCAGAGGCCAGGGGCCACCUGAGUGAAGCCCUGACGGAGGACACCGGGGUGGGCAACAGUGUGGCCGGCAGCCCCCUGCCUCUUACCACCGGCAAUGAGAACCUGGACGUGGCCAUCGUCAUUCACCUGCAGUACUGCGACCAUCUCAUCCAGCUCCUGUCCAGUGGGGGGAGCCCUUGGCAGCGUCGAGCCCAGCUCCAGAAGCUCUCAGCUCAGACUCAGCUGUUAGAGGAACUGGGAGAGAUCAGCACAGAACUCAUGGGGAGCAUCACCUCUGCUGCUGACGUGCUCCCAGGGCUGGCGGAGCGGCCUGCCCGGAUGGCUCUGUGGUCGGAGUGUAGUGGUUCUGGAGCGCUGUUCCACACUACGCUGAACAGGGUGCUCAGACACAUGCGCCACAGCUACACCAGCCCACUGCAGGAGAGACACCCUCACACCGCAGCUGACACAGUGAUCCAGCUGGUGGUGAGUGAGAUGGUGGACAGGAGUGAUCUGGCCUCCACCCCUCCAUCGGCCCUGUCCCAGGACGUCGUCACGGUGUUCCAGUUCUACAGCUAUGUCUCAGAGCACAGCGUGGAAGACAUGGAGGAACACCUACUGCAGGUGGCCAGGGAAGCUGUGUUUGCAGAGGGCCUGAGUGGCGGUGACUCGGAGCGUUGUCUAAAGGAACUAGAAGAGAUGUCACACACCGGCCUGUGUCCCCGGCUGCAGACCCUCAGGGCUCUGGCCUCGCUCCUCUCCCACGAAGACCCCCAGCUCAGCAAGGCUGCAGCUGCCUACAUCACUGCUGCUGCCUCUCACACACCCUUUAGGUCAAAGGCAGUGGAUUGCUACACACAGGCCUUGUGGGAGGCGGGAGUUCAAACACAAAGGUCUGCCUGUGCUGCUCUUAGCUGUCUACAGGCAGUAGAGAGCAUCCGGGCGGUGGUAUCACUGUGUGACUCGGCGGACGAGGAGCUUCGCCACGUUGCCAUAGAAACCCUGCUCACUUUCGGUGAGGAGGGUCGUCUGGCGUAUGAGCAGCUGGACACGGUACCCAGAGAGCUGGUACGACUGGGGACACGGCGAGGGAACGCCGUCACCACUGCCUUCUGAAAGCACAGGACUAACUAACUUAACCCAGGAGCAUCACAUCCACAUGAGGGGGACAACCCCCCCUAGAACAACUUACCCUAGCCUCCCCCUGCUGUGCCUGUGCUUUGAGCCGUGCAGAUUGGACAUGCGUUUAAAUGGACUGAGCCAGGGGGCGGGGCCCCAUCAAUGCAGAGGAGCCCAACUAAACAUCAAAGGGCCACAUGUCUCGUCCUGAUCAACAGCCUGGUCUAAGUCCUAGCUGUCCAAUCUCUGACCACCACUAUUCAUCCAUCUCUCACCGCACAGACAGAGCAUCUUAACCAUCAUAACUUAUCAUAUGAUUAUUAUCACGGUUGCGUUUGACAUCAGUAUUACGAUUUAUGAUAUCUUUAUAUAACUGCUAUUCAUUUGUUUUAGUAGGUGACGUUCAUUAGGCAACGGUUAUUUGCGCUGUGGCAGGCAUGUAAAUAUAAUAAUACAACAUUAUACUCUGUGUAAUAAUCUGUGACACACUGAACUGGAUUGAUUUGGUGUUUGUUCUUCUGGUAUGUACUGUUGAAUUUCAGGGAUUUUAAAGACAGUUUGAACACUUUCUGUCAGCGGGUUCCAUGGAAGACCAAUGACAGUCAAAUUGCACGGAAGGAGGUAGUUAAAAGCAAUGUUCGUAUGUCAUCAUCAGCAUGCACAAAGAAGGCAGUGUCUUUCCCUAGAUAGUAGUUACCAGUAAGCAAUGUUCUCACUUCAUCAACAUGCACAAUGUGAAGAGAGAGUCACACUUGGACUGCCUAACAAACUAUUCUAAGUUCUCUACCCACACAUGCCUGGGAUCUACAUUGAGUUUGAAUGUCUGCUUGCUGGGAACUGAUUUGAGAUUUGAGCCACUGGAGAUUGAUCAGGAUCUAUUUUAUUGGAAGCAGGUUGCCCCUCCAAACACGUACGCAUUAAUACAUGUACUGCUCUUUUCAUCCUAAUGGUAUGAAUGCAGUCUAGGAGUGUGAGUGAGAAAUGAGAAUGCACUUUCUCCAUAACUGUACAGUGCAGAACCAAGGGGCUGUCUUAGUUGGGAUGAUGAGGCGAUAGCGCUCCGUCUAGCUUUUUAUGCCUAUUGUAACUAUACUACUGAGUCAGCUGCUUCUUCGGCAUGACAACAAAACGUGUUUGUUUCUCGACUUAAUUUAUUUACGUCACAUUUGUGAUUCUAAUAUUCUUUAAUUUGCAUUUACUUUUGAGUAAGAGUGCAGAAUGCAGAUACUAUUUCACAUGUAAAAGUUGUAUAUUUGUUUUUUCUUUGCUCAUGUUUGAUUUUUUAAAAUAUUGUUUCAUUAAAAAAGGCCUCAAAUUCAUUACCAUGGGAAUGAUCUUGCGUACAUAAAGAUGUUACUGGAAAUAUGAUUUUAUGUUGCUCUUUUAAAUUUGUUUGUACAUUAAGUAGGAUGGAUGGCUGAUAUUAUUUGGAGGAUUUGCAAAUAUAAUCAGAUCGCGUUGCCCCCCAAAUGAAUGGGACAGUAGAGAUAAGAAAUGUUACUUUAUUACGCAACGAAAGCCUGAAAAUGAAAAAUAAUUAGUAAGAAUUCAUUCUGAAGAUAUCUUUAACCUGGCCACUACACCCAGGCUCACCUGAAAAGCACAACAAUAAACAAUUAGAUCUGAAUUAUCGUUUGAAUCCUGUGACAUUAGAUCGGGUUCUAACCGCACACUGUCUAAAAGCCUUGACGAUACCAAAGGUGUGUUUAAGGCGGUAAUAUGUGAAAUAAUAUUUUUCUUUUGUAUAUUAAAGCUGUAAACGUGUGAAAGUGGUUACUGAAACUGAAGAUGGCUUUGCGUUUUUCCAUGUCAAAGUUUGGCCUGGUGUAUGUUGAUCAUGGUCUUUAUUUUGAGUAACAAUGCCUGUUUAUCCCAUGACGUGAAUAGCAUUACAGUAUUUUGGUAUGAUACUCGUUACUUCAAGAACUCCUCUAAUAUAGUUUUUUUUUUCUCUCCACGAUGGAGCGUUCUCCAUCUUUCUUUGUACUAAAAGUAACCAGUGAUGAAUUCAUGUUGCUUCUAUUCAACUCCAAGUCAUCAGAUUGAACAUGUAGACAAAAUAAUGAAACAUUAUUUGACAUUGAUCAUAUUUCAUGUAAGUACACAUGAUUUGCAUUAUAUCGUUACAUAUGGUGAAUCUUAGACUUGGAACAGAAAGCACACAGUAAGUCAUGUUACAUAGCUUCAGUACUGACUGCAUUCAUUUCCCCUGCUCAAUGAAUGUGGCAAUAAAGUUUAUUUUUGCAUAAUUCUGAAAAUAA